AUGUGUGCGGGGCUUUCUGCAAGAAAAACUGUGGAAAAUUUCAGAUUAACACUUCACUUAGCAUGCUCCAUGCAUUUGUCGCGAUAUCCGAUGGACUCACAGUUGUGCGAAAUUGCCUUCGCAUCAUAUGCAUACACCACCGAAGACAUAAAAUACGAAUGGGAUGCGGAAGCGAUUCGAAUUCAUGAUGGAGCGAAUGGAGCUCUACCUAAUUUUGACAUUGCUAUGUUCACCAACGGGACUUGUCACUCCAAAACAAACACAGCACCACAAAAAAAUUUCCUUUUACAUUCACGAAGAAAAAUUUAUCUGGCACCCAUUGGAGAAUAUUCGUGCUUACGUGUGGAACUGAAGCUGAACCGCGUAUUUUCGUUCUUCCUUCUGCAACUGUAUAUUCCGUCGUCCAUGUUGGUUGGUGUAGCUUGGGUAUCUUACUGGAUCGACUGGAAAAGUACUGCUGCUCGUGUGCCUUUGGCUAUUGUGACGCUCCUCACAAUGAUCACAACCUCUCAUGCAAUUAACUCGAAUUUGCCGCCUGUUUCGUAUGCAAAAUCCAUAGACAUUUGGGUUGGUGCAUGUGUAGUAUUUAUAUUCUUCUCACUAAUUGAAUAUGCUGUGGUAAACUACAUGGGAAUACUGGACGAGCACAGAAAAUUAUGUCCCUUUAUUUCCAGGCAAAUGCGGAAAGCGGCUUGCAAUCGCAGUAGGCUCUCAAAUGUGAUUGACAAUCAGUACUAUAUGCAGAUGACUGUAGACCAAAUGACCUCGCCUACCUCGGUAGGAUUUAGCCCACAAGAGAAAAAGGUGAUUGCUGAUUGAAA